AUGGCCACAGCAAGCCUAAAAGGCCCUCGAACCGAUCCGGCUAAAUGGUCCCCCCUCCGAGGGGGAAAUUUUAGUUUGAAAGAUUUUGAAAUUGGAAGACCGCUCGGAAAAGGAAAGUUUGGAAGUGUAUAUUUGGCAAGAACUCGUAAAGGAGAAUCACACUUUUUCGUCGCUAUCAAAGUACUUUUCAAAUCACAAUUGAUAAGUGGAGGUGUUGAACAUCAAUUAGAAAGAGAAAUCGAAAUUCAAUCUCAUCUUCAGUAUGUUUUUUAUCAAAUUCAGUUAGAUAAAUAUUGUUUUUUUAUUUCAGACAUCCAAAUAUUUUGCGACUUUUCACAUAUUUUUGGGACGAGAAGAAGAUUUAUUUGGUUUUAGAAUAUGCUCCAGGAGGUGAAAUGUACAAGCAAUUGACUACAAUGAAACGGUUCCCAGAAGCAAUGACGGCAAAAUAUAUGUACGAAAUAUCCGAUGCUCUUACUCAUUGUCACAUGCGAAAUGUAAUUCACAGAGAUAUCAAACCUGAAAAUCUUCUCAUUGGUGUAAAUGGCGAAUUGAAAAUUGGUGAUUUUGGAUGGAGUGUUCAUGCACCUUCCAACAAGUAAGUUUAUAAUAGUUUUUUAUAAAUAAUUUUCUGAUUUUCAGACGUCAAACAAUGUGCGGAACAAUGGACUAUUUGCCACCUGAAAUGGUAUGUGGUGAUUCUCACACAGCCUCUGUCGAUUUAUGGGCAAUUGGAGUUCUUUGCUACGAAAUGCUGGUUGGAAAGCCUCCUUUUGAGCACGAUAAACAAAGCGAAACUUACGCUGCAAUCAAAGAAGCGAAAUAUCGAUUCCCGGAUUAUGUUUCGAAAGGCGCAAGAGAUUUGAUUUCAAAAUUACUCGUCGUCGAUCCAUCGAAGCGUUUGACGCUGACUGGGGUAAACAUUUCAUGUAACUUACAAUUCGAAAAAUAUUAUUCAAAUUUAUUUUCAGGUUAUGAGACACCCAUGGGUUGAAUCAAUGCUCGAAGUAAACAGACGAGCAAAAAAAGAAGAAUCUGAAAGAAGAGCCGAGAAUCUCAGAAAUUAUUGA